AUGAAGCAAUCAAGAAAAUCAGCCAAAUUCGCUUUUCAAGGAUUAAAAGAGUUGGUUAAGUUUGGAAAAUUUGCAGAGACAGAAGGUAUCCAAGCUUCUAGUACUCCAAUUGCUUUAGUGGAAGAAGAACAAAAGACACAGCCAAGGUCAAAUAUCAGUAGUUCGGUUGAAGUCCCUGAUGAUGAUGAUGAUAACAAUGAUGAUGAUGAUGAUGAUGAUGAUGACUCCAAUGAUGUUGAUGAUAUGAGUUUUCCUUUGUUUGUUCCACCGAAGGAGCCAGUCAAUGAAGUCGUGAUUACCACGGCUGAGACAGAGACUGAAUUCAAUAUUUUCAGGCAACCAAAUAUUCCAACGCCCGAACAGAUGGAUGCACUUAUAAAAGAACUACAUUCUACUGCAAGGAAGCCUCCCCAAUCAGUUCCUGUUACUGUUGAAUCUCCAUCUGAGAGUGCUAAAGAAGAACCAAAUGCCUCCCAGAUUCCAAGGAAGUGA